AUGAUAUCAUUUUCAAAGUUUAAGAGAUUAUAUCUUCAACUCUUUAGAAUUCUUAAACUUCAGAUCCUUAUUCGCUUACUAAAUUAACAAAAAUUUAGGCUAUCUCUUAAAUUUGAUGAUAAUUAUAAAGAAAGCAUUGAACCAUUGAAUAAAGCAGUAUUAUGGAUCAAAGCUUCAUCGUAACUUUUCUCUAAUAUUAACUAAAUUAAUCUUCUUAGAAAUAUUUUUCUUGUUCCACGAUCGUAAGACCAUAUUAAAAGAUUUCGAAUUAUUUUUUAAAGAACAUAAAUCAAUUGAGGUUAAAUCUCCUAUUAGUUUUAAACAAUAAAAAUAACCAUAUUUAGAAUCUGCUUAAUUUUUUGAUGAACUUUUGCUCAGAACUCUUAAAGUGAUGAAGCAUAUACAAUAAUAUUCUACUUACAGCAUGUAAGUUGCUGUUUAUUAUAAUGAAUUUUAAUAUUAUUUUAAUGGUUCAAUCAAAGUUAAUCAAGAAAAAAAAGGAACUUAUUCAUAUUUUAAUCUUAUUUUAUUAAAAUGA